GGCGGGGUGUGCAGUGUGCGGUGUCGGUGCGCGCUGUGCUUGUGCUUGGCCUACUAACCUGCUUCCGAGUCGGCGGCUAGUCGAUCGAGUCGCGUCGAGCACUCGGCAGCUUAUCUCGAGGCCGCCGCCAACCCGGUCGCCCGUCGCAACUUCACUUUUCACAGCUCCGCGCCCGGAAAACCCUUUUUCCGAGUCCCCGUUUUCCCCCAGUUUUCGCCCGCCCCCGACCCCGUGAUUUCGCCUCGCGACUCGCCCCGAACCCGGUGAAAGUGGACCCGCCACGAUCCGCUCUUUCGGAGCAGGAAGUGCCAUUUGGAUACGCAAGGAUACCCACCAAGUUGAAGUGUUCAGCGUGCCAACGGAGCUCAAAUCAAAGAUCGAUCAAUAGUUACCAAAUUUAGUCAAAAUAUUGUGUUACUCGAGCACUUCAGUCCUCAGAAGUGUGUUCAAAGACUGGACAUUUGUGCAAUUGUGCUACGCGCUCGAUGUCCACUCAACUCGAUUUAGUUAAUGUGCAGUGAAAUCAGUGCUUCUCAGUGAAGGGACAAUUGAAAGCCCGAGGAAUUGCCGGCUAAAACUUGUUGGGCAAGUGUUACGCAAGUGUGGAAUCAAGGAUUUCCCGUCGGAUUUUGAGCUUUGCCGGAGUGCGGACAGAGAUUGGACGGGAGUUUCGGCCAUGAGCAAUUGUCGGGUAUCGCGGUGAAUUUCGGCCAUGAUCAAUUUCGACCGGGGCUAUUCGCCGCCCGCGGGGGCCGGCGUGGCCUAAGCGUCGCCGCCGCCGGUGGCCCCGAUCGCGGGCCGCGUGGCCGUCGCAGGAAAUUCGGAGCAUGUCCGUAACCGAUUGCUUGGAGCGGCUCCAGCCGUGCUCGGCUUCCCGCUACCAGGAUGACGUCAUCAACGGGCUCUCGACCGCCUCCGACGACACGCUGUCGCCUCAGACGAGCGUCUCCCCCGAACCGGACGCCGCGAGCAUAUUCGACUGGCUCGGCCCAUGUGAGCAGCAAGACUCGCUCUGGGAUAAGAUGAGUGGUGCUAGUGCUGUAGCAGGAGGACUCAAGAAACGGAACCAGGAACGGAAGAAACCAGAUCCCAAACCCCAGUCUCAGAUUAAUAAGUGCCUUAAUGAGAAGCGGCGCAGAGAGCAAGAGAAUAUUUAUAUCGAGGAACUGGCCGAGUUGAUUCAUGCUCUCCCGGACAUGAGCUCGCUUGCUGUCAACAAACCUGAUAAGUGUGCUAUCCUCCAGGAGACUGUCAAUCAGAUCCGGCACAUUAAACAACAGGAGGCAUCUGGAAGCAGUGAUGCUGUGCAGCAAGGGGAGGUAUCUUCAUCGAAACCAACGCUAUUAGCUAACAAUAUAUUUGGGCCUCUCCUUCUGGAAGCUCUCGAGGGGUUUUAUUUUAUCGUCAACCAAGACGGCAAAAUAGAGUGCGUCUCAGAAAACGUUCACCAGUUCAUCCGAUUUACCCGCGACGAACUCAUCGGCAAGUCAAUCUACAAUUUCAUUCACCUCGGCGAUCAUGCCAGAUUCUCCUCUUGCCUCUUGCCCAUGUCGGUCGGUUGGUCUCCCUUAGACCGAUCCUCAGUUGACCCAUUAACAACCCGUAAAAAAAUUUUCAACUGCCGUCUACUCAUCGGUCCGUCCGCUGGUCGAGAAGAAACGAUGGAAGAGAAGCAACAAAGGAUAGAAAAAUAUGAAACCAUGCAGAUCUCAUCAGCUCAAGUACCUUACCCUGGAGAAAAGAGCAAUGGUGAUACCAGUACUAGUAGUGGCGGUGAAGUAAGCUCUGAAUGUGCAGAUGUCGGCCCAUGCUUACUGUGUGUUGCACGACGCAUCCCGCCUAAUGAAAAACCAAUGGGUACUCCAACGGAACAGUUCACUAUGAAACUAGACCCCAGUGGUAAAAUAGUUGGUGUUGACACGUCAUGUGUAUCAUCGACAUAUUCCCAGUAUUUAAAUAAGGAUUUAACGGGGCGAUUAGUGCAAGAACUUUGCCAUGACCAAGAUUUCAUAAAACUAGAUUCUCAUUUAAAAGAAACCCUAACCACAGGAUGUUGUAUGAGUGCAAUUUAUAGGUUGCGCCUUGCCGCCGAAAAGUAUGUUCACGUUCAAACAAAGUCGAAAUAUUUCAAAGCCACUGGAAUUGAUCCCGACUUUAUAAUGGCAACUCAUUCUAUAAUUAGUGAUAAUGAUGUGCCAGCAACGUCAGAUAGUUCGAUAUCUGGACCAAGUUUGAGUACAAGCUCUGUAGGAGGUCCAUUAAUGCCUAUUGUCAAUGGAAAUUUACAAGGACCACCGAAUUCUCGAAGGAGCACAAAUGAAUCCUGUAAUACCAUUACGCUUAACUCUAACUCAGCUUACCAUACCUUUACUCUCAAUAAUGACAUUAGUAUGUCUGAUUUGAAUGAUCUAUUUCCUACGUCUACGUGUAGUUGGGAUCUAAAUAUGCCGAGCAACGAAGAGCGGCCUAGUUGGGACGGGCCAGAGUCCAGGCAGUCGCUUACACCAGCCCAAAGUCCACUAAACCCAUACUCUCAGGCGACACAACCUAGCCCAGCGACGAAUCCACCCACUACCCCAUUUUCAAACUCCUUUGUGUUCAGUCCGCUUCCAGUUCUGGAUGAACCAAAAGAGCAAAAAGAGCCGUUAGAAAGUGCAUCAGAAAACGGGGAAUCAGCAAGGUUGCGGAAUUUGUUGACGAACAAAAGAAGCUCUACUGAUAGUGAGGAUAGUCAAGCUGCUGGUAGAAAUAAAGACCGGAUCUUGAAGAAACUUUUGGAUCAAGAAAAGGAGGAAGGCUCAGAAAAUAUUAGUGUGAAAAUUGAAGAAGGGAUGAGUGGUUUGGUGAGGAGGCAUAGCAUGGGUACACCACAUACUACCCCUACGCACCCUCCACCUGAUACGCCGCCUGCUCAACAGAACAAACCAUCAUCUGGAAAUAACAAUAUGUUAUUACAACUGCUCAAUGAACGUAAGGAUGAUGAUGAUGUUGAGGCAAGAGCGGGGCUCAAGAAGCAAAACGAAUUGCUCCAACAUCUCUUCAAGGAAGAAGAUUCGUCUAAACAUAAUUCUACAGAUGAUAAUCUUAACCGAGGGCAAUCGCGGAAAAGGCCGAGUGAAGAAGGGGAAGAUACAGGAGGUCAGAGUGCGAAGAAAGUAAGCAAUCCAAUCAGUAAUCCAGUCAGUAUUUUAGAAACUCUUCCGCCCCCACCGCCUCCGGGUUCUAGUGCAUCUCAACAACCAAACAGCAAGCUCUGGGAAAGAAACAAAAUGUUGGCAUCUCUCCUUGCAGAAAAACCGAACACACCUACACACAUUCCGCCAAUACCCCCGUCAGUCAUCUCUGCCACGCCUCAGGAUAAUAUACCUCGUGUCAAUAAAGUGCCUGCUGCAUGGUCUGGAGGUAGCUUACAGCGGCAAAAUGCUCACGGAGGGCUCAGAAACGGUCCAAGACCGGGGACUGCACCUACACGACCUCAACAACCUCAACAGCAUAAUUAUAUGAUAGAAAAUGAUCAGCAGCCACCGCGCCAGUGGGACAACAGCAAUGGCCCCUCAUGGGACUCACACCAAUUGUCUGAUCCUGUGUUGUCCGAUAUUUUGGAUCAAGUGAUAGAUAUUGUUCCUGAUGCCAUUAUAACUGAUUCCUCUGCAAUUAUGAACUUAUUAGAUGUGAUAGAAUCACCAAACUCUCUAGGAUACCAGUUUAAUACUCCCAACGAUAAAACAGCUGCCAUUGAUGCAAUUCAAAAGUCUCUCAUGCUUUGUGAAAGCACCAUAAAAAAUUCCUCCUAUAAUAAUCAAUUAUCUGCUGGUCAAAACUCGAUACAAUCUGCUCAAGCACAACAACAUCAGCAACAACAACAUCAGCAGCAGCAGCAACAACAGCAGCAGCAGCAACAACAACAGCAGCAGCAACAACAGCAGCAACAACAACAACAAAACUACCCGCCUCCACCUGUCUACCAGCAGCGGCCAAGGUUUAUAUCGCAAGCUCCCCUUGGUCAACGCCCACCCUUUACGGGUGCAAAUUCUCAUCUAGCUCAGCAACAAUUAGUGAUACAACAGAGGUCAAAAUUGCUGCAGCAGCAGCAACAACAACAGCAAAAACAACGUCUUCUGCAACAGCAGCAGCAGCAGUCAUUAUUGAUCCCAAGCAAUGCAGCAGCUACUCCUCAGGAAUUACAAAAUAUUGAUUCUCUCAUGAAUAACUCUGUUGCACCUAAUGUAUCGCUUCAGCGAUCGUCCAGUGUACCUGACUCUCAGCUGUCUCCAAGUAGUUACGGUAAUGCGUUACUCAACAGCGCACCUUCCCAGAUCUCUCCCUCUCAAAGGGCCCCUCCUUAUUCACCUCUUUCUCACCAGCAACAAACCUUUUCACCUGUCAACGGUGGCGUGAAUAGUUUCCCUGCAGUAUCAUCUGCAGCACAACAAACUGGAGCUCGACUGUCACCCAGUGGUCUUUCUCCAUUUCAGCAACAGCUUUCUCCCCGAGUUUCACAGGCUGGUCAAGUGCAAGUUCAAGUUCAGGCACAGACGCAAGUGGGACAAGGGAAUUAUCCUGUCAUGAACAGUCUAAGUCCUGGGCAGCAAGCCUCAGGGCAGUGGAGUCCACAAUCCAGUAACAAUAGUAAUAGAUUAACGUUGCAACAGCAACAAAACCCUAUGCUAAAUGCUCAAUUAACAGCAGGUAAUACUUACAAUAAUACGCGAGCAGCGUUUGUUCAACAGCGGCUCGUACCUCAGCAUCAACAGCAACAACAACAAUUGCCUAGUGUUCGAAGUUUGCCAAGUCCGAGCGCUCGAGCAUCACCAUUUUCUUCGGAUUCGCCCAGUUACCAACAAAACCCCAACCAACAACAGCAGUACCGGCUCCAAAGAACCAUUAGUGCUCCCCCACCCCUCAACACUACACCAACCCACACCACCCACCUGCCAGGAGGAGGCUUACGCCAUUACAACCCGAUGAAGGAUUCAGCAAUGUAUCCUCCCCCUUCUCAUACCCAUCAACAUUAUAUGAACUAUCCCCUAGAUCCUCAGUCGUAUUACAACCCCUCAACGUAUGGACCACCAACCCCUGCUGAAAACUGUAGACUACCCUCUUCUGCAGCUGGUGGUGGUAACAAUGGUGCAUCAGAAUAUGUACGGCAGGAGUUGCGAGCAGUUGUCGGUGCGCGGCAAGGGGGAUUACGGCCCUCUCCACAAAUUCAAAUUGCUCCUGGUCAAGUAACCUCCGCUGAUCUCGAAGCCCUUGGGCUUUCCUAUGAGAUGCCUUCCUCAGGUGGAAACGUUAGUCCUAAGCUUUGGGCAAAUAUGAGUUCAGAGCUCGCUGCUUCAUCAGGUCAACCUGGUUUACCAAGGCCGGGUAUGGAAGACGUUGGAGUGAGGCAAGGUGCUGAAAAAUCAUCGCUACUGCAGAAGCUUCUGUCAGAGUAAACUGGUUUUUGGUUACUUUAAAUUUUGUUACGGUUUGACUGUUCUGGUCGGCAGUUGUUGUUUGACUUAGUUGGCUCAGCGGCAGUCAAGUCUGUUGGACUAUCAACAGAGUACCUGAGGCUGUCUCUUUGAAAGUGCAUUAUUUGUUUGUUGAAAUUAAUAUUUAAUGUAAACAUUCUAAUCAGCUAAUCUUUACUUUUAUUUUUCAUCAUAUUGUUUAUUUUUUCAUCAGUUGUAUAAAUGUAUAUUCUUAUAAAUAUACCGUGCAUCUGUGUUUGCACCAUUGUAAAUUAUUGUAUAAAUUUCAAAUCAAAGUGACAGUGGUAAAUUUCUGUAAAAAGCUGGAUUGCGCGAACACAUUGUGCAUUGUAAAUCAUGUUUGCAUCGUAGCACUUGUAUCUGAAUCAAGUCUACCAUGUAAGUAUUGAUCAUACCAAUGUGUGCGACCAUGAUACAGAGUUUGUGUAUAUUUGUACAUUACCUUCUAUAACAUAAGAAUACAAAAGAAAAAUUUAAAAAAAAACCAAAAUAUAAAACAUAAAAACAAAUUCUAAGUUUUCCAUCAGUAAUUUUUUUCUAUGCAGACAUUCUCUCCAUCAAUCCUGUCAACUAAUUUUAAGAAUUUCUUCAAUUUAUUCUUUUUGAAAUUUGUCUCAUAUGAAUAAUUUCUGUUCCCUCUUCCCCUCUUGUUUUGUGAUUAGUUUCCUUUCGUAAGUGUUUAAUUAUUAUCUUUAGGUGCCUUAUUUAGAUUGUGUCUUUUAUGUUUACAUAAGUAUUUUUACACUUUCAAAAUGUGUGUUGUUUUUAGCAUUGUUUUCAAUUGAAACAGUUGGAUUAGAGGGAGGAAAAGUUAGCUGUCAAAAUUUCAGAGCUGUCCCAUGCUAUUAAUUUCAGAAGCUUAAUUUUUUUCCAAGUUUUCAGAUGAUUUGGUACCUUGCUGUUAUGUCGUAAAGAAUCAAACUUUCAAUGCAUGCUCCUCGGGCAUGUUAAUUGUUUUCUCACAGGAUACUGAUGACCCCCUUGCAUUAGUAAGGUUCAUCUCUAAUUCCUACUUUUUCUAAACUACUUUGUUCCCUUGGUUCACAACAUCUUUUCUAAAAAUAUUGUAUGAUUGCUCGGAGAAUUUCUUUACAAGUCAUAGUAGAAGAGACCGAGUGAAACCCAAAUUCAGCUCAGCCACCAGUAGUUUCAGAAUUUUCAUGAUAAUCAGAUGCAUCAUUUACACUUGAGUUGUCAUGCUUACACAGGAAGCGGACGUCUUCACAGCCAGAGAUGUCAUUGCUACAAGCGUUUGUUACCCUCGGAAACUUAGUAUGUUUUAUAAAAUCUUGGAAUUAGAAAUAACUUAACAUGCAGUUUUUUUUGCCUCUAAAAGUUCGUUUGACUUGUAUCCAAGUGAACAGCCUCUCAUUUAUAAAUUAAAUUAACUCAACAAUACAAUUAUUCUAAGCUGUUUCUUUAAUUGCCUGGUGCAGUUGAUUUUGAAUCUGAAAAAUUGCCAAAAAGCUGUGCGUCUGUGGAGCAUGACUAAGUUUUAAAGUAGAGAAAAUUUUAAUUACUUCUUUUUUUUUCUUUUUUUAAUAACUGUUUUUAUUUUGAAAUUUUAUCUACAAAAUUUUAUUUCAAACACUGGUACCGUAUUAAUAUACAAUGAUGAAUCAGGAUGUUGAAUUAAUUUUUUACAUAUAUUUUUUUUUAUUGUUUUGUUAUUUUGCUGUUUAAAAUUUUGUUUUAACGUUUUUGAAGAUAGGAGUGGUCCUUUUUGUUGUGGAGCUGGUUCAUUUUUUCAAUCCCUUCAGCUAAUUGUACUAAAGUCUGUUUCGAAAGAGUAUUUUCUCAAAAUCUUGAAGGUCUACACAGCAAGGCUUCAUUUUGAGGAGUCUGGAAUAUGAGAAAUUAGGGAACUAGUUUCAUAUAUUGUGUGAAUAUGCAGGUGAUUCUGAAUAUGAUCUCAUUUGAUAUGAAUGUAUAUUUUUCUAUCAAAUUAAUUCGGAUCAGUUACAAUUAGUCCACUAGUUAUUUUUGUAGUUUUUAUUUAUUUUUUAAUUUUAUUCUUGAAUACUCAAUUGUCUGUCUCUGUUUUGUGUUAGUAUCAGUUACAAAUUGUGAAAUUGUAAAAGGAAUUUGUAAAAUUUUGUGUAGAUAAUUUUUAAUAUGAUUCACAACUACUAUUAUUUUUCUCUUUUUAAUUGAUAGAUUUUCCUUGUUCGUAUUUACGUACCUAGUUUAUAAUCGUACUAUCAGACAGCAUGAAUUCACAAGUCCAGUACUACUAACUAAUUGACAAGUGUAUUAUUGGUGUCUUUUUGCUAUCCAGAAACUGAUCAAAGAAAUGAAAGACAGUUAAAACCGUGACUCCUUGUUGUAGGUAGACGAAAGCUCAUUAAUUGCCAGUGAAUUGCAUUCAUUCUAAAGAAAAUUGCUCCACAUUUUUAUGUCUCCAUUUCACAUAACAUUUUCUGAGAAUGGUAUACAUGUGCUCAGCUCAUGAGGAAAAACAUAAUUUCGUCACAUCAGUUAUUUUCAACCCCCCCCCCCCCCCCUCAUUUCAAGUGUUUAAUGCUAGGAAAAUAAUGUUUGUUUUUUAAAGUUUCCCUAACCUAGUAUUUACUCUUAACGAAAUGUUUCCUGAUAUUUUUGAAUUUACUGUGGUUUUCCUGUGGAUUUACGAAAAUACUACCCAAGUUUCCAGGAAAACUUUCAGAGAUUAGCAAUGCUGCAAGAUACCAUGUAUGCCUGUAGAUAACUUGCACCCCAGAUUUUGAGCCCCCCCUUGUGCCUGUGGUGUUCUGUUUUGCUCGCAUUGUCAAGUAGCGCUUAAUAGGUAUGCAAUUUCAGUGAGUUUCACAGAUAACCGGUACCCUGAUUUUUGAGCGUAGAAAUCGGGGGAAAGGUGCGGGCGUACAUGGUGAAUAAAAUUUUCACAAUCAAAGUGUCGGAGAAGUAUUCGUUUCCGAAUAUCUGCCAUAAAAUCUUUCAAUUUUAGGAGGAUAUUCGACAACGCUACUCUCCGCCUUUUUUCGCUGAUACACACCUCGAACAGCGCAUGCGCGAAUUAGCGAGGAUUCGCGAUCGGCGGACGCCACAUCGCGGGGUCGAGAGAGUUCGGACAGAGUGUUUUGGAAAUUCUUGCCGAAGGGAGCUGUGGCAUCGCCUGCGCUUUCGCCCCGUUUUUUUCUCUCCUCUCAAGGGUGACCUGUCCAUUUUGUCAAAAGGAAAAUCUGUGUUUUCCUUUCAUCACCUCUCGCUGCCACCACCUCUUCCCGAAAAGUCCUUUUCUCCGUCCCUAUCUGAAAUACCUCAGUCUACGCUACGCAUUGCGGUAUCGCGACAAGACUGAGGGCAUUUCUGAUACGCAGGGACCAUAGAGGCGGGACUCGUUCCGCUCAAAAGUUAACUUCAUGUUUUGGUGUUCUAACAGCAAUUAAUUUUCAGAAAUUAAAUUCUCAGUGCCAAUAUCGUUCCACUAUCCUCAGUUUUAGCUCAGUCCUUUCCUCCAAUUAUGGCUUGUUUUAGCUUACGGUCAGAAAAUGGUGCUCCAAAAAUAGCAUUACAGAGUUUAUUUUCCAAGCUUAUUCAUAGUAUACCAAUGGUUAGUUGAGUUUUUUGUCACCAAGAUUCAUCAAAAUUGUGCAUAAAUACUUUAUUGCUUUUUGCCAUGUGCAUUUAUUGGCUUAUAAAGCUCUUGCUUUGUCCCUUUUAAUCAUGUUAAUCCGUUUGAGUUUUCGAGAUUUUAAUCUUUAAAUAUGACAGACAUUUUUGUGGAUGGUUUGAACUUAAAUUUUUUUUUUGUCAUAAGGCAAAAAUAAACUUUGAAUGAAGCUUUACUCUUUGAUUGAAUGAAAUAUUAAUUGGCAAUUACUGAGUCAAAUCAAUGCAUGUAGAAAUGGUAGAAAUUCAUAAAACCAAUCCUUCAGAGAAGAUGUGAAGCUUAUUUUAUGGUAUAACUCUUGAAAUUUAGUUAGGUAGUGAUAUAUUUACCUCAUUGUGAGAGACUACUUUCAAAGAAUAAUUGGGAUGUUUGUCCUACCUCAUUUUUUUUUGGGUAGCAAAGGAGGAGUUUUUGCAAUUGACUCUUUGCAGAUGAUGAGAGAGAGGUGCAGUGGAUUCUCUCAUUGCUGGAGUGAAAUCAUAAAUUGACUAUGGUAUGCACACAAGUGGCGGAGCAACCAAUAACCUCUAAUGCUCUGGCCGUUCCACAUCGCAUUGAGCUACCUCUAGCCUCUCUGGGCCAGAGGUAUUUUGUUACUUACUUCAGCCUAAUGGUCACUGCGUGUGGUAUGCCCUCUUCAACUCCACACAAUUGAAAUCAUGUGCUCCCCUCAAUUUUUUCAGGGUGGACAUAUUCUUGUUUAAAAAGUCAGAAAUGCAAAAAAUUGGACUUCUGCCAUUUUUACAAGUCUUACUUCAAUGAGUAUCUGUCAGUUUCCUUAGGCAUUGUAAACUUGCAUUUUUUCUUAAUGAACUAGGUUGAUGCAUGUUACCAGUACCGUAUCUAUUUCGUAAUUCUAUAUUUUUUCUUAUGGUUUACAUUUUGUUGCAUACUCUCUACCCUCUUAUUAUCGAUUGGCAUCAUUAAGCACCGACUGUUGGCUACUUGUUUUUUCACUCAAUACAAGCAAAAAUUUAAAAAUAUAUUUUCAAAGAAAUAUGAUUCAAUCUCUCAAAAUUAUCCUAGAUAACGCUUAAGGAAGUGCAGUUGAUUUCCUUUCCCAUUCAGAAAAAAUUGCUUCUUAACUUUAAUUUGCCAUCUUCCUUAUCUGGAUCUUCAUCCUCUAUUCUUAGCAAUCAACCAUCAGAGAAAUUGCCCACAUCUCGGUUCCUUUCUCAGUGAGGUUGGAAAAUUAAGCUCAAAUCGCAAAAACAAGCUGUAACCAGAGCUGUAACAGGUUUACCUUGAGAAUCAUUUAUCUCAAGCUCAUUUGCUUUCAUACUCAUACACAGAGGGUCUUUUUGAAAGUUGCAGUUUUUUCUCUCCGCAGAUUACUUCCCUUGUUUCCGGACAUUUAUUCGAAUAGCAAUGGUUUAAAUAACUACAAAUUUGUCCUUUUAACAAAAUAAUACUGCCACUCAAGUUACUGUAUGAAUUUUAUGUUAAUUGACUUGCUCGUUUGCACCAAGUUAACGUUUGUGUAAGAUUGACACCAAGAGCAAGUUACCUAUACCGCUGUAAUCAACCCUGCUUUUUAUGUCAAACACAAAUCGGUGUUACAUUAUCAGCUGUACUCCGCAGGAAUCGAACUCAUUUUUUUGUUCCAGUAGUGUUCUAAAUCUUACCCUCCUACACUUGCUUUAAAUUAUGUCUAUUCCAGUAAGUAAUUUUGUUCAUAAUUAUUGCAUUUCCAAACACCGAAUGUCAUUCUCUUUUGGUAUCAAUCGUCCACUCGGAAUUCCUUUUGCUCAUUUCCCUAAAUGGUUUGCUGUUAAAAGUGCUGAUACCAAGAACCUAUCAAUUUGUUCAAGUUUUGACAUUGUAACACUCAUUGACCACUGUUUGUCUUUAAAAUACACUUUUCUGCAAUCGUAAACCUAAAAAUUGAUGCAACUUAAAAAGAAUCAUUAAAUCAGUCCGAGUAUUUUUCAUUAUAACUUUUCUUGUAAAGAAAAACUUUAAUACUUGUGGGUUGCAUGUUGAAAAUUGAAGGAAAAGAUGAAUUCCCAGCUACAAAUUUUAAAGGAAGGACAACAUAGAAUCGUUAAUAGCAAUAGUUUUUUUUGAGCAACAGAAAUUUGUUUACCUGAUUUCUGCAUCUUACAGCAUUGCGUUCAAAUUCUCAACUGCAUAAUGAGAUUUAUAGAGGGACGCAAGAAAUAUUGAAUCAUAAUUUUAGAUCAAAAGGUAGUUAAACCUAAUCUUGCUGCCCUUCCUUCUUUAAACAACCAGUGUCUCCAAUAGUCAAAGUGCUUAUAUUCCGAAUUUUGCAAUGACUGGUCUUUAGAUUAUCAUGAUUUCAACUCAGGGUACCUAAUAAAUUCCCUAAGCUCCUUUCUUCAGAUUGGCCCCACAAAAUUCAGGACUCUAAUUUCACUAGCUUUGCUCAGAGGACUAAUCACCAUUUUCCAGUACAGCAAAGCAACUGAAUCCUCCGAUUGUGUAUUUGUUGUUUGGAAAUAUUGCGCCAUUUUUAUCUAGUGUCUUGUUUUUUAAAUUCAUUAUUUUUAUAUUUCAUAAACACAAAGGAGAUUAAAGUAACCAAUUACCUUUUCUUUAUGCCUUCAGGAGAAAUUUAUUUUGAUAACGACUAAGUAUUAAAGUACUUACUCAGUAUAGAUAGUGGCCGACAGUUUUGAUCCAUAACUGUUCCAAAUUUGGUUAUGUUUAUCUAUCUUGAAUUAUUUUGGUAAAAACAGCUAUUAAAAAUGUAUGAAACCCUAUUUUCAAGAAAACAUGCUUAAAUUGGAGUGAGGGUCAGUUAUAUUUGGAUAGCUCUCUGAAACUUUGCCGAAAUGCUGCUGCAGCAUAUCCCUUAUAAAUUGACUCCGUGACUAUACGAUUUUCUCAGUACUUGAAGUAAAAGUUAUUCCCCAUACAUGUUUGCUGUAGUAAAAAUUUCAGAUGCUCGUAAUUUUAUAUUUAUUUGUGAUUGCAGUUUUUGCAGUAGUUACUCUGUGAGAGCAGAGAAAGUACUCUACCUUUAUUUUGUCUGCCAAAUUGCUCAUGCUUUAUUCUAUUUUUAUUUCAAACUCUAGAUGAGAGUUCUUCUGUAUUAUUAGAGCUAUAUUUUUUUCUUACAGAUACCUACCUACUAAAAUAAUACCUAAGAGAUGAAUAACAAAAAAAUUAAAAUCUUUUGAGUAAAUUUAUUUUUUAAUUUAUAUUUUCUGUAGAAGUUGAAGAAAAUUUACGGAUAUCUGACGUUUUGAAACAUUUAACAUUGAAAAUAAGAAAAUUAUUUUUGUACAUGCUUCACUUGUUCCACUCUAAUAUUAAAUAUUUUUGCACCUGUAAAUAUUUGUCGAGGCAAGUUUUCCUUCUUCUGUAGCCAGUGUUGCAGUUGACUUGAAUUAGCUAUAUUUCCCCCUUUUCUUAAUUUUCUCAAGUUGUACAUAUUGUAGUAUAUAGCAACUCAAGAAAAAAGUUCAGAAAAAAAAUUGCAUCAAUUAUUUUUAUGAAAUCAUUCUAAUUUUAUUUAUCCAAGAUAUUUUAAUUAUUAAAAAAAGUGAAAAAUUGAAAAAGAAAAAAAUUAAUCCUAAUGAUUUACCAUUAUAAUUCUCUUUUGUUGAUUGUUUGGUUCCCUAUUAUUUCGUUUUUAUUAUUUGGACCAGUUUAUGCUGAAAGGAACUAUGAGUGUAGGUUUUGUGUGCAACAUAGAUCCUUUUAGCAUAAAUACGUCCAUUCAUCCCUUCCAGAAAUUAAAUGGAAAAAGGACCUUAAAUUUUUACUUCUCUGUUCCCUCCGUUUCUCAAUUGCUCUCCCUGUCCUAUACUUUCUGAUUUAAGGGAACUAUCAGCGUAAGAACAUUUUAUUAAGACUUGUGAUGUACUCUGGAGUUAUAUUCAAUUCUAUAAUUUUUUGUGCAUUUUAAAAUCCUCUCAUUAGUUAUCGAGAUAGUAAUUUUAACUUCAGUGUUAAAAUUAACUAUAAGCUGACCCAAUUGAUAACCCUUAAGCGCAAAACAAAAUCCCUCCCCCCACAAUCCUCUAUAAUGAAAUAAGUAACAUUUUUGUUCACAAUGAUUUUGCAUACAGUGGGCUAAUUAUUGAAAUUUAUAGACAAAGAAGACACAAGGAGGAGGGAGUGAUCCUAUUGGUUUAAAUGGGUGGUUCUUACAGAUUAAGGAAGAAAAUGAUGGCAUAACUGCUCAUUAGUCUAUUACCUACCUCCUUUGUCCAUUGCAACCUUCUGCUUCUACCAAUACCUUCUCAAUGUAUCCCUCUUGUCUGCUUUGUCUAUAGCCUUAUCCAUUAAUUUCAAAAAUCGGUCCACUGCUUUGAGAAUUGAGUCUCAAUUGUAAACCUACUUAAUUUUAGAUACAUAGAAUAGUAUCUGCUAUGUUUAAAAUUGGACAAGAAUCCACUUUCAAAGUUUAAAUUGAGAGCAUACUUUAACGUAGCUUUAUAGUUUUGUGUUCACUUUGUAAGCUUUCUUAAGUUCCUUUUUUUCCUUGGAAAUUUGUUUAAAAAUAACCAGCUGUACAAGAAAGUAACUUUCAGGUAAUAUUCAGUUUUUCAGAAAAUAGAAAUGUAUCUCUUCCUCACUCUGAUAUGAAUUUUUUGCCUAUCUUUAUCGAAGCAGUCAGAAUAGCAGCAGGAUCAUUUUCUGUAUUUUCUAUUUGUGAUAUAAAGUCUGUAGGUGAAGUUGGCGCAACUUAAUAUUCAUCAACAAAUCAAGCUGAAAAAGGAAUUUUUUUUCUGUGGUCCGCCUAAUCACUUUAUUCUGAUCAUCCCUAAGAGGUUUAAGAAAGUUGGUCUUCUUUCUGGUGCAAAAAACUCAUGUGCAAUCCAAUUGUUGUUUUUAUGUUUGAAAAAAAAAAAAAA